CUUGAAUAUUUAGAAAAAUGGCUGGGAUUGAGUAAAACUCGAGCUCAGAUGCUCAAUUAAGCAUUUCUGCGAAUUAUAUAAUUCUUUUUUACUUAAAAAUGGGAGAACACGCGCCUUCAAACACAUUUUUUUCCGCAAAUUUCAAGCUGGAAGUUAUUAUAAGGCAAAGCAAACAAGAAGCAGCCGGGAAAUGGAGAGAACUGGGUGCAGGUUUCGGAAGAUCUAUUAGAGUCGCCGGAGAGAGGGAUUGAGAAUCGAUUGUUGCAGAAAUUUUGGGUGAUUUGCUUGCGCAAUUUUAAUUUUUUUUUUCUGGAAUGGCCGCUGCUGUGGCAUGUAAGCGGGUGGGGCAAUUUGGAACCAGUUCAGGGAUUGGAUUUUGUAGAUUUAGAGGAUUUGCUGCUGCGGACGUGAUGGAUAAGUCCUCUUAUGAUCCCUUAGCGGCUCGAUUAUCAUUUCCUGGGGUUUCAGUUUUGCAACACAGACAGAUUUCUCAGCUCUCCAAUUCUAAUGGAAGUCGGUUGUUUCUUGUUGACACUCUAGCAUUGGUUAGGAGAUUAGAGUCACAGGGUCUGCCCACUAAGCAAGCUGAGGCCAUAACUGCUGCCCUAACUGAAGUUUUGAAUGAUAGCUUGGAGAAUGUCUCUCACUCAUUCGUUUCAAAGGGAGAGAUGCAGAAAAUUGAAAUGAUUCAAGAAGCUAAUUUGUCCAAAUUCAAAUCUGAAGUCCAAAGCUUGCAGAAACACCAUUUUUCUUUGUUGCAACAUGAGGCCGAAAAACUUCAGAAUGAUAUAGAAAAGUUACGCAAUGAAUUCAGGUAUGAAAUUGACAAAGUGACUGCAGGACAACGAUUAGAUUGGAAUCUUGAAAGAGGGAAAAUUAGAGAUGAGCUAACAAACCAGAGUGCUCAAACCUCUAACCUCACUAACAAACUUGAUCGGGAAAUUCAUGCUUUGAGAGCUCAAGUGGAGGCCGCAAAGUACGAGGUGAUUAAGUAUUGCAUAGGUACUCUUGUUUCAAUCUCUGCUGUUGGUCUUGCCAUAGUCCGCAUAAUUAUGUGAACAUGCAAUAUUGCUCCGAGGGUUCCAUAACCCAAAAGCGGGAGAACAGCUCUUUUUUUUUAUUGAAGCUAGCGUUCUCUUGUGGGAUACGAAAAGAGAAUAUCAAGAAAAUUUGUAUUCUUGUCUUGUUGUCAUUCAAUACUAGAAAUGUAACCAUUUUUAGAAAAACUCUGUUACAUAGCAAUUGCCCGUCGUCACUCUUUGGUCUUUUGUUGAUCAUUAGUUUUUAAACCUCUUCUUUUGGUUGGUAUUUUAUUUAACUUUCACCACAUUGGCAUUGUUUUUCA